AUGGAUACUCCGUAUAUUUUACCAGAAGGUUUUACUGACUUUGAUAUGUAUACAUUUGGCUGUGCUCUUGUCGUAGAAGGUCUCUCAGGAUUUCUCCUCAAUUUCCUCUCAAUUCUUUCAUUUCUUUCAAUAAAGGAUUUGCAAACCCCAAAUAAUUUUGUUCUUUUUAACUUGGCCGUCGCUGAUAUUAGUCUCAAUGUUAAUGGACUCUUUGCUGCUUAUGCAAGCUUUCUUAGGUACUGGCCCUACGGUCCAGAGGGAUGCCAGGUCCAUGCUUUCCAUGGCAUGGUGGCUGUGCUUGCAAGCAUCAGCUUCCUUGGUGUGGUUGCCUGGGACAGAUACCAUGAGUACUGCACCAGACAGAAGUUACCCUGGACCACAGCAGUGACUGUGGUAGUGAUUAUUUGGCUGCUUGCUGUCUUCUGGUCUGUCCUCCCUCUCAAAGGAUGGGGUGAAUAUGACUUUGAACCCCUAAAGACCUGCUGUACACUGGACUAUAGCAAGGGAGGCUGGAACUACACAGCCUACACACUGUCAGUGGCCGCCUUGUUCUUCAUCAUCCCAGCCAUCACUAUGCAUUCUUCUUAUCAGUCCAUAUACAACCAGUUCAAAAGAACCAGAAAGUACAAGUUCAACACCAAACUGCCUCUGAUGGCACUAAUGUUUUGCUGGGGUCCCUACGUGCUGCUGUGUAUGUUUGCUAUGGUUAAGAACGUGAACCUUCUGUCGCCUAAGCUGAGGAUGAUCCUUCCGCUUCUGGCAAAGACCUCUCCAGUGUUCCAUUUCUUCUUGUAUGCCUUCGGAAGUGAAAGUUACAGGGCGGGAAUCUGGCAGUUGCUUACAGGGGAAAUUUUUUCAGUACCCGAAACUGAGAAGAAGAAGUAA